AUGAAGCUCCUGGUGGCCUUUUUUCACACGCAAUGGCUUCUGCUUGCAACUGCUGCGGCAGGAGUUCCCUUCCAUGAAUAUGUGUUAGCUCCCACUGCACGAGUCGUCAGCCCAGUGUCACUUUACCAGACCGGCGGCAAUGUUGAGAAUGCUGCCGCGCUCAUUACAGCCAACACAACUGAAGCCGAGUGUAACCAGUCGACAACGUUUACAGGAAAUGGUUCGUAUGUUACAUUUGACUUUGGGAAAAAUAUUGCUGGAAGAGUCAGCUUCCAGGUGGAUGCCGUGUCGGGAUCGAGCGAUUCGAUAGGCUUCACAUUCAGCGAGUCUUCAAUGUACAUUAGUGCCGAGCACUGUGAUGCUGUCACUGACGGCAUCUUUGACCUACCACAAUGGUUCAACGACACCGUGCCAGGACACUACGAAGCCGGUCACGAUUUCCAGCGGGGAGCUUUUCGAUACCUCACAAUCGUUCAUAACACGACUGGCACUAUGCGUCUCUCGAACGUAACAGUUUACUGGACUACAUCUCCAGAGAUGCAGGACCCGGCAGCGUAUACUGGCUAUUUCCACAGCGAUAGUGAGAAGCUGAAUCGAGUAUGGUAUGCAGGGGCCUAUACCAAUCAGAUUUGUUCAGCGGAUCCCACUAGGGGGGUUGCCUUGGGCGCGCCCGUGGCUGGCUGGUAUUAUAACUAUACAAUCUCGAAUGGAACCAGCGUUCUGCUCGACGGAGGGAAGAGAGAUCGUGUCGUAUGGCCGGGCGAUAUUGCCAUCUCUGGACCUUCCAUCUUUGUAUCGACCAAUAGUCUCGAGCCUGUUCGUAACGCACUAGACUCUCUCUUCCUGUACCAGGAGAUGGAUGGUCGAUUACCUGCAGCGGGCUAUCCAUUGGCACAACUUUUUGCGUGGAGUUUUACUUACCACUGUCAUACAUUGAACGAUGCCUAUGAUUACUUCAUGUUCACUGGCGACACACUGUACCUUGCAAGCUUGUGGGACCAGUACACAUUGGGAAUCCAUUACCUUCUGCAGUUUGUCGACUCAUCGGGCCUCGCCAAUGUGACCAGUACUUCGGAUUGGGGUCGCAGUGGCAUGUCUGGUCAUAACAUUGAGGCAAACUCUAUCCUAUGUUAUACACUCAGGAAUGCCGUGAAGUUGGCCACAAUAAUGAACGAUACCCGCGAGACCAGUAACUGGGAAGCCCUCGCAGUGGGAAUCUCCACAGCGGCAAACGUGGUCCUCUGGGACGACUCUGUAUCCUUGUACCGCGAUAACGACACUAUCGCAAACGGCUCUUCCGCUCCAUCGUACCCACAAGAUGGAAAUGCAUGGGCCGUUAUCGCCGGCAUUGCAACCGGUACUCGGGCCGUGGCUGUAAGCGAUGCUCUAAAGGCACGAUGGGUUCGUCCGUAUGGCGCACCGGCAGUCGAGGCUGGGCAGACCAUUUCUCCAUUCACCACUGGAUUCGAGCUUCAGGCGCACUACUUGGCGGGCCACUCGGACUACGCUGUAGACCUUAUGGAGUUCAUGUGGGCAGACUACAUGCUGGAUGAUCCCCGAAUGACAAACAGCACUUUUAUCGAGGGGUUUGCGACCGACGGCACUCCCCUCUACCCCGUCUACGACUACGACCCUCGCGUCAGCCACGCUCAUGGCUGGUCUACGGCUCCAACGUCGAUGCUGACUUUCUAUGCUGGAGGUCUCACAAUGACUUCAGCAGCUGGCCAGACUUGGAAGGUUGCCCCUGCACUAGGAGGACUUCAGACUGUUCAAACGAGGUACGAGACUCCACUCGGGGCCUUUGUGACUGAUUGGACAAACAAUACACGUGGUCUGUCAGGGAUAUUCAUCACUCCGAACUCAACCACAGGCGAAAUAAAUAUUCCGCUGGCUAGUGGCGCACGAAAAUUGGUUCUCGAGGGACCGGGCGGAUCUGACGAGGUUGAUCUCAACGGUCUAUCUGUUGCAAUUGUCACAGGCCUUCAAGGCGGCAAAUAUUCAAUCACCAUCACAUAG